AUGCUGACGACCUUCGCCGGAGCCCUAAGUUGCCCAGUGAGCACUGGGCACGUAUUCCUCGUGCGGGCCAAAUCGAUCGACGGAGCUGAAAGAGUCGAUAUCGGUUUCCAGGCGGAUAAAACGAUCGACUCGGACGCUCUGCUGCACCUGUCGGUACAGUUUGAAGAACAGCGAAUUGUGCGCAACACUCUACAGGGUGGUCAAUGGCAACAACCCGAGCAGACCUGCCCGUUAUCGCCGAAUUCGCUGCAACGCAUGUCUUCCGGUAAGAACAAAUUUCGCUCGAUCAUCGAUCAUACAGUAGUUAAUACCAUUCUUUUCUGCCAUCACACAACUUAUAUCUUAAACCUCGCUGCCACAGGGAAGGUAUUUACCGUGUACAUCCUCGUGGGGGAUCAGCAAUUCCAUAUUGCCUUUGACGGCAUCCAUGUUUGCUCGUACCAAAUCAAAGGUUCGCUAGCCAAUAUUAAGGUUAUAACCAUUACAAAGGACGUGCAUCAGGUGCUGUGCGUCAACCAUAGGCAAGCUUUCCCGUUUCCGUAUCCUGCGAUACAGAGUGAGGAUCCAUCCUACUACUUCUCUAAUGACGUUCCUCAGCCAUUUCGACCAGGUCAUGCCAUAAUUGUUACUGCUAUUCCGUUCGGGAAUCCACGGGGAGGCUUUAUCAUCAAGUUCCUCGAAAAUGGCAGCAAAAAGCAAGCGCUUCAUUUUAAUCCUCGCUUCGAUCCAUACUACGUGGUGGUUCGAAACUCGCACGCCACAGACGCACUGGAUUUCCGACAGGAAGAACGGUCCGGAGGGUUUCCCUUCAUCAUCGAACAACAGUUCAAGCUGGCCAUCUUACUCGCAGAGAAGGAGUUCAAGUUCGCAAUCAAUGGUCGCAUGUUCGAGACAUAUACCUACAAAACCCCACGUCAGCUGGACGUGCUGAAUGGUUUCCAUAUCGAGUGCGUAAAUGGCCUGCAGUUGGAGGUCACUGCCGUUGACCAUUGCUAUUCCGAUUUACCCGAAUUGGCCCGGUUUGAGGAUUUGUCCCGUCCGGAUGUGGAUAUUGUGUAG